CUCUCUCUCUCUCCUACUGUAGUCUCUAACAAUAUAAUAGUAGACAGAUUCUCACAAUCGCAGGCAGUUUUAGGAGCUGAUUAAUGAAAUAAAUCAAGAUUCGUAGAAAUGGGUGCUAAGAAACGUCGCCAACCCCUCAGAAUACCCCUCUCCGACUCUACCAACCUCAACAUCCCAUCUACCAUUCUCACUCUCUCAACUCCUUUCCCCCUUUCCCGUCAUGCCAAUGUUUUCCACGCUUUCAACAGCGACGACCCUACCUCCUUUUCUUCUCCUCCGCCACAGUCGCUAAAUGCUUCCUCAGUUCACGGUAUUGGUACUUGUGAGAUAUCCGAGACUUGUUCAGUUUAUGGUCGACGAAAGACUACAGAUAAACAAAACGGUAAAGCGAGAUCAAUUGCUGCACCUUCGAGUUGCCCUCCUGCAGUAAAGACCCAGCAGGCUAUCCGGAAAAGAAUAAACAAAGAUAGAGACAAAGGUCAAUCAGAAGCAAGUAUCGCACCUCCUAAAAAGAAGCGGUGUCGUGUAGAUGUUUCAAACCAUGACUUGCCCCAAGACUUCAUUAAGCAGCAGAGGCAAUACUUUGCAGAGAUUGAUGCCUAUAAACUGGAAGAGGAAGAGGUUGAAUCAGGUGAACAGUUAGAGUAGAUGGAAGAGAUAUUGUACAACAUUUUGCAUAAGCAAUCAAGGCAGACCAACCCUUCAAUUUUCAUUGUAUAGUCACAGUAGGAUACUCCUCAUGAAUACUGGACUAAGUACCAUUCCAUUCCCAAUUAUAUACGUAAAACCAUCGAGGUGCUUGAUAAUGUCUUUUAGAUUGUCUAAUGUAGGUCCUUUUGUAGGAUCAUAUUCUGUGGACUUCAAUCUCAACACUAUUUGCUGUUUUUGCAAUUAAUUGCUUCAUGGUCUCAUGCUGUUGUUUGGCUCUGAUGAGUAAUUAGGAAAACAGUCACAUGAGGUGUAUGUAAGGCUUCUGCUUUGUGGAAUACAAUGUAGUUCAAGUAUAGUUUGGAAAUUCUCGGCCUCAGGUACUUGUAAAGCUAUUGAUACUCUCACAUAUUCGUGUUUUUUUUCAAUCCAUUCAGUUGAUGGCCCCUAUAAUUCUCUAGGUGUCCAAAACACGUUUAUAUGAUAGAAGAAUAUAGAGUGAUGCUUGAGUCGGUUGCAUUACUUCUGCAGAUUUUCCAUCAAUUUUAUGGAACUACUUUUAUGCAGCA